AUGACCGGAUCAUUGAAUGGCUUUAAACCAAAAGAGAUAUUAAUACCAAAGAAGAGUAAUUUAUCCGCUGAUUGUGCGUCUGUGCAACCUAAGCAAGAGUCGUCGCUGGAAACUUUUAUUAAAAGGUCUGAACCGAGGCAGACGUUCUCGUCAGGCAUCGCCGUCGAUGAGGAAGACGAAAUUCUUGGCUCCGACGAUGAUGAGCAAGAGGAUCCUCGGGACUAUUGUCGCGGAGGAUACCAUCCUGUCAGAAUUGGUGACCUGUUCCAUAACCGUUAUCAUGUUGUACGAAAGCUUGGUUGGGGUCAUUUCUCAACUGUUUGGCUCUGUUGGGACUUACAGGGAAAGCGUUUUGUUGCAUUGAAAGUUCGGGAAGCUGAUGUUAAUGACCACAAGCGAGACAAAACUGUUCAGUUGUUGGAUGAUUUUAAGAUCAGUGGUGUCCAUGGAACACAUGUGUGUAUGGUAUUUGAAGUGUUAGGGCAUAAUCUUCUUAAACUCAUUAUUCGCAGUAACUAUCAAGGAAUUCCUAUUCAGAAUGUUAAGUCCAUUAUACGUCAGGUUUUGGAAGGCUUAGACUAUUUACAUACAAAGUUGAGCACUGCGCCCAAAGACUGCCCCACCACUGACUCGGCCCCCAAGCUGUCAAAGAGUAAGAAGAAGAAGCUGAAGAAGAAGGCGAAGCGGCAGGCGGAGCUGUUGGAGCGGCAGAUUCAGCAGCUGGGGGAGCUGGACGAGAAGCAGUCUGGCCAGGGUGCUGGCCCCAUACCUGCAGAUGCAGAUGUUGACCCCGAGGCAGAUGCUGAAAGCGAUGGGGCAGGCGAGGGGGAGGCGGAGGUAGAGGAGAUGGAAGCCGAACCAGAGGCAGAGCCAGAGGCCGUGGACCCAGUGGGUGCAACCGUAAACGAAAUAGCUGACGACAUACCAGACAUUAGCGAACACCUCACCAACAUGGCAUGUAAACUGUGUAUCAAACCCCCUGUUGAGGGUGAGGUGCUUGAAGAUUCUGAAGCGACUAGUGGAAAGUUGAAAAUGAAAGCGAAUUUAGAGAAUCGCAAGAGCUUUGCAGAAAUGGAAUAUGCAGAAGUUCAGCCUGCGGGUUCUCACACAAUGUUGCAAAUCCCAGGGUCAGAUCCUCCAGCAUUUUGUAAUGGACACAAUGGACAUAAUAAUGCAAAUGAUUGGGAGCAGCAAAAGGUUCCUUUGGGGCGAAGUGAGAGUGAAGCAAUUUCAGAUGUGAAGGAAGUUUCCCAAGUGAAAGAAGGAGAAACAGCUAAACCCUUCCGGCGUGUUGCUUCCUGCCCUGAUGCUAAGCAGUUGGUGCACCAACCUGAUCCUGUGAAAGAAGUGUGCGAUAUGAAAGUCAAAAUUGCUGAUUUGGGAAAUGCCUGUUGGUCGUAUCAUCAUUUUACUGAAGAUAUCCAGACACGGCAGUACAGGUGUUUGGAAGUGUUGUUGGGUGCAGGGUAUGGUACUCCAGCUGACAUAUGGAGCACAGCAUGCAUGGCUUUUGAACUUGCAACUGGUGAUUACCUUUUUGAACCUCAUUCAGGAGAUGACUAUUCUCGAGAUGAAGAUCAUUUAGCUCAUAUUAUCGAACUGUUGGGGAAUAUUCCCAAACACAUUACAUUCUCGGGAAAAUAUUCAAGAGAGUUCUUCACAAAGAAAGGGGAGUUACGGCAUAUCACAAAAUUAAAACCCUGGGGGCUUGUGGAGGUCCUCACAGAGAAAUACGAAUGGGACCAUAAGGAAGCGAAGGCCUUUGCUGAUUUCCUCAACCCAAUGCUCGCAUUUGAUCCUAAUGAGAGGGCAACUGCAGCCGAAUGUUUAAAACAUCAAUGGCUUAAUUCAUGAGGCAUAAUUUACUCCGUCCAUCAUCUUUUUUUAUAAAUAUAUAUAUAUAUUGUAUUUUGUUGAGCCCAAAGUUGACAAAUUCCAAUUUAGUCUGAUUUUAACGUGUUUCCAUUCGUUUGUUCUCCAGCUUUCUACAUAAUUCUAUUUUUAAUUGUCAUGUUUCAGUAAGUCUUUUUUGGUAAAAGUGAAUAAACAGUGGACAGUACAAUAUUUUUUAAUUAUGAACUUCCCAACUUUGAUUAUCUCAUUGAUGUUAGAUGAUCUUGUCAGCGAUGCCUUGUGGAUGAACAGUUGAUAAUACUGUGCUAAAGAAAACAAAUGUUAAAAUGUUAUUUUUGUAGUAAGUUUAAUACUAAGGGACCUAAAUGGAAAGCAAUACUCCAAAACCUGGCAGAUAAUAUUAUGCGGUAUGGAAGUAGAUUUAUUGUCAUUUAUUUCGAAAUGUAGGUGAUUGUGUUCCAUAUCACACAUUAUCGUUACAGAAUUUGUUAGUAAAUUAAAGUUCUAUAUCGCAAAAGUUUUUUAAAUAUCAUUUGCUUUUCAGAGAAAGGUGCAUGUAUUAUUGUAAUGUUCAGUGAACCCAGACUUCAUAAAAUUAGAAUUAUUUCAUUUCCUGAUAAUCUGAGUGCAGUAAAACCUAGUUCAUUCAGAAUCUUCCAAAAUUUUCAUGGAAUUGAAGUUGAUCAUCCUCCUUUCCAUAACUGAUUUGGCUAUGAAAACUGUUUUAAUGUAAAUGAAGAGAAGAGUAUUGUGAUUCUGGCUAUUUGAAUGUUGUUUGCAUGUUUAUUGUCCCAUGCGUCAUCCUUCAUUAUAAGCCAGUGGUGUUAAUGCCUUGCACAUACUUUGUCAAUGGUUAAGUUUUUUUUAGGAAAAUGAGGUCACCCUUGUGAACGACAGAUUUUGCCCUAUUGGUACAUCUGUUAGCAUAGAGAUUUUAGAAGUUAGUUUGUAGUGAGUUUGCUUUGGAAGUCAAUGGAGAGUUUGUUAGCAACACUUAUUCUAAAUGCAUUGUUAAAACAUCAGUCCAGUCCAUGUAACAAAACUCAGACCUCUCCUUUGCUCAAGAAGGAAAUUGCAUUGGAGAGUUUAGGAGCCAUCUUGUGAAAAUGCAACCAUUGAGUUAGAUAAUAUUGUCAUUUGACUGUGCAUGCCUUGUAAACUUUCUGUGAUGAGUGUUUUAAUUUUAAAAAUGCCAUAUAUUCAUUUAAAUUUUGAUGUUGGCUUGGCCUCUCCCUGAGUGAUGCUUGUUUGUAAAAAAGUGGUGCAUGUGUUGAAAGUGCAAGUGGAGGUCCAAGAUGAAGGUGUCACCAGUGCUUCUUAGGAAAGAAGUAAUGAAAUGAUGCACAUGGAGAUCUCUUGUGUGACCUGCUCCUUUCACACGGUCAUCAAGAAAGUGCCUCGCUCUUCUCUCUUCCCAUUUAGUUGUGCUAUUUCAGUGUGCUUGCUUCUAUGUUCUAUGCAUUCAUGGGCUCUAAAAUUGUACCAAGAUGUGUUAUUGUGUUGAUGUUUUGUAUGUCUGUAUUGGUCAUUCUCAGUGCUGUAUUUCAGCCCCUUUUGUGACUGGCAUGUGGAAUCGUACAUGGGGAAAGGAAUUUGAUGUAAAUCUGUGCAUUUUAUCAUUUAAUAUAUACCUGAUAUAAAGUAUUUUUCAUGAAGUGAGCUACUUACGCUUUGUGAUGUCUCUUUCCCCAGUGCAAAUACAGUCUGUGAGAGCUUAUCAUUGAAAUAAGAACAGCCAAAUAGGAGAGUGUUAUGUUAUGUUUGAAAUACUUUGUAUGGAUUGAAUAUAAAUCGUGAACAUCUGUUGAAGGUGGUAAUCAAUAAAGCUCUGCAUUAGUUAAUACCUUCAGGGGUUUAUGGAGAAACAAGUAGUUUUUUUGAUGGAAUUUUGUCAGUAUGUACAAUAGGUACAAAGCUGAAUGAUUACAAAAUUGCCACUUAAAAUUUCUGAAAUUUUUGGGUAGUUCGAAAUUCUUUGAAUUACGGUUGUGAGGAGCAGGGGCACCCAGAGAAAGCAAACGGGCACUAAGAUCCAUGGAGGCCCAUUAUUUCAGACAAAAAAUACCUACCCCCUUCCCAUUAUGUAAACAGAAUUCAUUUUGUCAUGCAGUAGAAAUAACUUUUAGCAGUUAAUUUGAUUUGGAAGUAAAUUCAUUUUCUGUUUUGAAUGAAAAUAGUUUGCAGGGCCACAAUUGAGCUGCUGGGGCUCAAGUUGCCCCAGUUACUCCCCCUUCUAGGUGCCUCUGGCGAGGAGUGUAUUUUGUUCAUUGAUGUCAGUCAGUUCCUAGAUGGGAAACUUCUCAGGAUAUGUAAACAUACUUUAUACAUGUGUGCAUGAAUGUGAGUGUGUAUAAGCAUUAUGUGUGUGUGUGUAAAAUGGUGUGCAUUUUAACGUAAUAUGCUUAAUUUAUUUAGUUGAAUUAACAUCACCAUAAUACUGACUGAUUGAAUUAACAUACCAUAAGAUAAUACAAUAGCUAAAUGGAUGGGCAUUAUUAGUGAGCUUUCCAAAAAUAUAUUCAGAAACACCUGUUGUAGAUUGUCAGUGGUACAUGAAAUAUUAAUAAUACAAUAAAUUCUUUGUCAGUUUGUGUGCUAAUAUUUCAUGCCCAUCAGGAGUAAUGUAUGUGGAUUUCUGUGUCAGAAAGAUGAUCUUUUAGAAAAGUUUGAGUGUAAAAUUUUGUUAAUUAUCCAUUUCAUUUGUUGAAGCAAAAAACUGCCUCAGAGCGACACUCCUAAAAUCUUAAUUUUGGUGUCCUAUCAUUCUUAACUUAUCUGUUUGUAUUAGAUUUAUAAUUAAUUACAACAAUGGUUGAUUUGAUUGUUUGGAAUAUAUGGAAAAAUAUGAAUUUCAGAACUAUUAAUAUAUUUGAUUAUUUGGUUACGUAAACAAAUUAUUUAAGAAAAGAAUAAAUAGUGUAUAAUUAAUUAGAAUAAUAGUUGAUAUGCACAAAAUACCUGCUUUGAUUCUAAUGGGAGAGAGAGAAUUAUUUACUUUUUUGUGAAAAUUGUUAAUUAAGCAUUACAAAUGAAACUCAUUUACUCAACUGUUACAAAUUACUCAUUUUUGAACUGGUAUUUUAAAACAUUCAGUUACCUAAUAUUUUCUGGAAUAAAGUCAGGGAAAGGUUUAGAGAACAUAUAUGUGGAACAAGACUCAUUACAUUCAACCUUCAUUAUAAAGAGACUGAUAAAAGAAUUAAAUCAUUUCCACACUUGUAAAUUACUUUGAUAUCUCUAAAAGGACUGAUUUUCUUCGUGCAUUCUCUUCUGAAGUAAUCUUUAUUGAUAUUCUUAUGGUGCUUUGUAAGCAAUGCAUAGCAAACUGACAAGGAAUAGGAAUUUUUUUUUACUAGAAAUUUUGUGAUCUCAAGCAACUUAUACAUUCCUUUUCUUCUCGAAAAUUUUGAAUUAACUAGGUUUUACUGCAUGAAACGUUGAGAGGUACUCUUAAACAAUCUUGUUCUAUUACAAUCUUGUCCUUAUCCACAAUCAGUACUUCAAGAGGAUGUUGCUCAGAUUCAUUAUGAGUGUUAGUAAUGAAAAUAAGUGAGAACAGUAAUGCACAUUGAUUUUUCUUUCCUGUGUUUUGUUCAUGUUCUGUUUGUACAUGCCAAUUGUACAACAUAGUUAAGUCAGUGAAGGCUGGUGUUCAGUAAUAAAUUUUAUGAAGAAAA